AUGACUAUCAAGUCCCCCAUUUUCCCUAUACCUAAACCUCAUCACUUUGGUGACUAUGGCUUUGAUCCUCAAAUCAUUUUCAGCAAUCCGCAAGAUAGUGACUUGUUUAAGAACAUUAAUCUUGAAAUAUCACUUCUCGUUCAAGCUUUUAUAAUUACAAUUACAAUAAGUAAUUCUAUAAUGACGUGUUCGCUUGUGUAUAUUUUUGAAACAAAUGUAUUGGAAGAAGGUAAAAAACAGAAGAGGGAGAACUCAAAGAUCAAGAAGAAGAUCAAACGGUGGUGGAAGAAUGCCUUGGUCAUUUUCGACUGGUUCCCACAAGACAACAAGUACAACUCGACCACCUCUGAGUAUAACAGUUGCAAUGAUUUUGAUUGGCAGGUCCAUCAUGUGCACCAUCGCACUGGAUCCGUUACACGUUAUCGAACCACCAGCCUGCCGUCAUUUGGACCACUUGCCGGAACUUCGACCAAGGAUGAGGUGGAGAUCCCAUACAUUAGCCUCAGGGAGCUUAACAUGGAUCAACAGAAGGAAGUCUCAACCACUGCCAUGCCCAUAUAUUUGGUAACCUAA